AUGACAAGAGAAGGUUCAGAACGUCGUGAUAAAGGAAAGGAGGUAGCAAGGCCUAAAAAGAGGCAACGACAGACACCAAAGUAUGUACUUAGGGUGCCUGCUACACUACCUAUCACUGUUUACCUCAGUUCAUCAUCCGUGGGGCCUUCUCCUACCCCUGUCGUACACCCUCCUCCUACCCCUAUAGUACACCCUCCUCCUACCCCUGUAGUACACCCUCUUCCUACCCCAGCAGCAAACAUUCUUCCUCCUCCUGUGAUUGUUACUCUCACUCCUCCCCCUGUGAUUAUUACCCCUAUUGCUCCCCCUGACCCUACUUCUAUACCUUCCUCAUCUUUUAUACCUUCUUCUGAGACUGCCACACCAUCUGCUGAUCUAGAUUUAGCAGGGAUGCCCGCAAUGCAGGGGAGGGCCCUUACUGGUUGGGCGAGCACAUUUGGAACUCUUUACAUGCUCAUUGGAAUUCAGCAGAGUUUUUCUGAAUUCUGA